AAGCAUAGUAAAGAAAGAAGCGCAGGCCUAGCUUUAGUGAAAUUAUUUUGUCACGUUUGUUUUUAAGUUGGCACCGGGACUCAGCUGUUUCUUGUUACGUCGUUUUUGCAUCUCUUGUAACUGAAGUCAGCCGGGGUUGUCUCAUGUUUUUACUAAGAACUGGCAAAAAGUGAAGUGAAGAGGUUGGUUUGAUGUGCGUGACAUCACAACAAGAGGCACCAUGAGUGCGGAGCUGGAUGCACUGACUGUGGUGAACCAGCUGCGAGAUCUCGCCGCAGACCCCCUGAACCGGAGAGCCAUAGUAGAAGACCAGGGCUGUCUGCCAGGUCUCAUCCUUUUUUUGGACCACCCCAACCCACAAGUCGUCUACUCUGCACUACUCGCCGUCCGCUACCUGGCAGAAUGUCGAGCCAACAGGGAGAAGAUGAAGGGCGAGCUGGGCAUGAUGCUGAGUUUGCAGAAUGUCAUGCAGAAGAGUACAUCACCUGGGGAGACCAAACUGCUGUCCUCUGAGAUCUAUGAGAUUCUGCAGUCGGCUGGUAAAGAAGAGGCCGAACAAGCAGAAGCAGCUGCUGCCUCCUGCCGGCGUAAGGCCCAGUUCUUCCUGGGCUCCAACAACAAGAGGGCCAAAACUGUGGUGCUGCACAUCGAUGGACUGGAUGACUCUACUCGAAGGAGCCUGUGUGAGGAGGCCUUGCUAAAGAUCCGAGGGGUCAUCAGCUUCACCUUCCAGAUGGCUGUCAAGAGAUGUGUUGUCAGGAUCCGCUCUGACCUUAAAGCUGAGGCACUGGGCACAGCAAUCAACUCCACCAAAGUAAUGACGGCUCAGCAGGUGGUGAAGACAGAAGACGGAGGAGAGCUGAUGCUGCCAUUCCAGGAGGGCUCUGAGGUGCUGGUAGAGGAGAACACGGACAUCCCAGACUACCUGCCUGAGGACGAGAGUCCGUCCCAGGAGCCGGACAAGGCUGUCACACGUGUAGGCUCUAUCACAGACGGAAUAGGCUGGCUCAGCACGGCUGCCAACUUCCUGACCCGCUCUUUUUACUGGUGACCACUUCCUGUGUUCCUCUCCCCGCUCACUGUUUUCCCAAAAGUACCAUCCAGCUGCAGCGUUAGCAUCUCUCAGCCUAAUCCCGGACUAAGCCCUGCCUCUCGGUCCUACACUAGUCUAGACUCCCCUCUGUAAAGCACAGAGAGCCCGGCCACACGUGUGCAACAAGUGCUGGACUGCUGGGUGGAGCCUGCAAUAACUUUAACUUGUGUAUAUAUUUAGCUACAAACCUCACUACGGGCUGUACGUGCACAAUUAUAUACUAGCUGCAUUUGUAUCUCACACAACAUAGUCAGAGGACUUUUAAUCAGCCCGAAACCAAAUAGUAUUCUGGAAAAGAGUUUCAUGGCGUUGAGAGAGUUGACACGUGGCAGGUGUAUUUCAUUGUUCUUUGGCUGAUUUUGCGUACAUUGAAAAUUGGGAGUUCCUUUUUUCUUUUUUCUUUUUUUU